GUCAAACGAGUACCAUGGGCAGACCAGGACGGCUAGGGAGACCAGGACGGCUAGGCAGACCAGGACGGCUAGGGAGACCAGGACUGCAACCUCAGGAUGGACACACGCGUGCUACUGGUGCUGCUCGGCGCCGCCGUCCUGCUUGUGCACGAAACACACAGCCUGGGGAUGGGCCACAUCAGAGACUGCAUGUGCCAGAAGUACGAAUCCAGACUCAUCCCAGCAGGGAAACUGAGGAGGGUGGAAAUCUUUCCCAGGGGACCCCACUGUUUCACCUCUGAAGUGCUAGCUACCUUGGUGGGAGGUGAGAAGGUCUGCUUGAAUCCCAGGGUCCCAUGGGUGAAGAGGGUCAUACAGAAGGUCUUGGAGAAGCGGAAACAGAAAUGAACCUGGUAAACAAUCAAUGGUAAACCAUCCCUCUAGGUUAUGGAUGUUUCACUUCAGCCCUGUGCACUUCCCAGCUGAGGAUAAACACGUAGGCAGGCAGCUCUGUAUCUGGAAUGAUCCUCUUAGAUAGACCUGACUCACCCGACCCCACCCCCCUUCCAAAUUUCACCCCCACAGAGACCCCAAGUUUAAAGUGAUCGACCUGACGGGAAAUCCCCUCAAAUUUCUCCUCUGAUCGCAGAAAAAUGGCAAGUGGCUCAAUGGCCAAUGCCGAACAAUAGGGGGGAUAGAGGACACCCUUGCCCUGUCCAAUCAGCCUCCAUUUAAGUUACAUUCCUGUUUUAUACAUCAACUAACGUGUUUGCAUUAUUUGUGUCAUAUAUAGUACCAUGCGAAAGACUUAGACAGCCAAAGAUGAUGAUAUUUAUGUUGGUAUAAAACUUUGCUAUUAUGCCUGACAAAGUGUAUUAGCUUAGGCAUUUCAGAACCUCAGUCACCCCAAAAUUUGCAGCAACCAUCUAAUACAACCAUGUAUUUUUUGACUCGACCACAACCCCACCUUGUAUAGCUAAUCAAUAUCUCAUUGACGUUUUUUAAAAAAUUUAACAAACACAUGGAAUGACUGAGGUGCCCCUGAGGAGAGGUUUAGGAACUGAAACGGUGUUCAUCUAGCCAUCCGUCAAGUUGUCAGUAACUUUUUUGAGAACAGAAGAAAAUUUUACUAGUUUUUAUUUCAUUACUUUUUAUUUGCAUAUGCUCUAAUGUUAACCUGUGUUUUUUGUUCUGAGCAAAUGUGCACUUAUUACCCAGGUAAAUAAGCAGUCCAAAGAAAUGUUUAAAGCUAAGACUUUUGUACGGUGCUGUAUGUAAAACUGUAAUCAGUGAAGAGGAAUCAGACUGUCUGAAAAAUAAUUAUGCUUUCCAAAGUAUCUGAAACCUGUUGUUUGCAUGGAGAAAAGAAGCUAUAAAAUGGAUGUUUUCUUUUUUUCAGUAUUUUUCAGCCCUUUUACUACUUUGUGAAACAGCAGAUAUUAACGGUAAUAAAUCUGUGAACCGCUGCAUUA